AUGAUAUUGUUGCAAACGUUACGGUUUAACACGAAGUUGGGAAGAGAUAACACUAACAAAACUUUAAGCAACCUGCCACAUCAACAAAACCACAUUUCACUGGCUUUAACAAACCAGUAUUACGCAAAACUGACACAAAAAACCAUGGGGAACAUUCUUUCAGCAAGUUUUGCCGAGGAAUGCACUCCGGCCAAACAGAAAUAUGACGACUGUUUCAACCACUGGUAUUCAGAGAAAUUUUUGAAGGGAAAGAGUAUGGAGAACGAAUGCGAAGACUUAUGGGUGGAGUACCAGCAAUGUGUGGAGGUGCACUUGAUCAAAAAGGGUAUCAAACCGAUGCUUGAUGAGGCCAGAUCUGAUGCCCCGUUCGAGAAGGGAGGUGUUCCUUUGGCGGAGUCAGAAUCGAAGAAAUAA